AAUACAUUAGAAGCUGACAGUCCACGGAGGUUGUGUGUUCUUCUGCUUGGUAGCUCUGGCAACGGUAAAAGCUCUAUCGGGAACUCCAUCUUAGGAAAAGACGUGUUUAGAACAAGCUCUUCGGUGAAAAGUCCGACUCCAUGCAUUGCUAUGGACAGUGCACAAGUGGGAGACCAGACUGUCCAAGUUGUAGACGGCCCAAGCAUACUUGACGCUAAAGACGCUGAUGAGGACUUUAUAGAGCAAAUUGUCAUCGCCAUGGAAAAGUCUUUGACUCUUUGCGACUAUGCUUUUUCCGCUAUCGUAAUUGUUCUCAGAUUUGGGGUUCGGUUCACGAAACAAGAAGUGAACACAAUUAAACUAGUUAAAUCUGUCCUUGGGGAGAACGUUAUCAAAGAUUACGGCAUCUGCGCUAUAUCCUAUGGGGAUAAUUUUGAACAUGCAGUCGAAGAGGCUAGGGAAGAUGGGCAGUUGUUAACGUUUGAAGGCUGGUGUCGUGAACAAAGUGGAGAAGUUAAGGCUUUGUUUGAGGAGUGUAACUUCAGGUGUGUCCUUUUUAAUAAUAGGACAAAAGAUGAGAACACGAAGAAUGCACAAAGACUGGCAUUUCUGAAAAUGGUAAAUCCAACGAAGCCCUACUCAAAGGAAGAGUUUCUGAAGGCACAAACAAGUCUGAAUAAAGAAAUAGGUACAGAGAGGUUGAUUCACGAUCUUGAGGAACAGACGCAGAAAAUCAUUGAUAAUACCAGGAGUGGCAUACAGGAUUUGUCUGAAGAUAGUUCGCUUCAGCACAUGGACUUUUUGUUGCAAGAUCUGACAGAUCAGCAAGUGAUCCUUCGUGAACUAGGAAUGAGUUCUCCAAAACUCAGGGAGUUGAUAAUUUCAAUGCAACUUCUGGAGACUGAAAUACGCUCCAAAAUGAGAAAGAAAAGUCUAGUGGAAGACAAUAUGAGUCUUACAACUCCCCUAUUCAAAAGCAAUUCUUCACCAACUUAUCCUAAGUCAACGUUUCCCUUAUCAACAUAUGGCUGCUGUGAACAGGGUUUAUUGUCUCAUGAAUAUGCUAGAGGUAUGGGAACUGGAUCAGGAAACAUGGGUUAUACACCGCCUGUUAACGAUUGGGAAAUGGUCCAAAAUGAAUCCAACCCAUUUCCCACGGUUCGUGGUCACAGGGGUGUCCCCGCUUCUGGUUGGGUGAAAAUGCUGGAAUACAUCUGGAAGAGUAUAAUGCGGUAUACUACGAAACGUUAG